UCGGCGGCGCCUCUGGGCCCGGCCGCCGCCGCUGCGCGCAGCCCGCGAGCCGGGCAUGGGCGGGGGUGCCAGGCCGGCACGAUGAGCGCCCUGGGGAGCCCAGUCCGGGCCUAUGACUUCCUGCUCAAGUUCCUGCUGGUGGGCGACAGCGACGUGGGCAAGGGCGAGAUCCUGGCCAGCCUGCAGGACGGCGCGGCCGAGUCCCCGUACGGCCACCCGGCCGGCAUCGACUGCAAGACCACCACCAUCCUGCUGGACGGCCGGCGCGUGAAGCUGCAGCUCUGGGACGCUUCGGGGCAGGGGAGAUUCUGCACCAUCUUCCGCUCCUACUCAAGGGGCGCGCAGGGAGUGAUCCUGGUCUAUGACAUCGCAAACCGCUGGUCUUUCGAUGGCAUCAAUCGAUGGAUUAAGGAGAUUGAUGAGCACGCCCCCGGCGUCCCCAAGAUCCUGGUGGGAAACCGUCUGCACCUGGCCUUCAAGCGCCAGGUGCCCACGGAGCAGGCCCAGGCCUAUGCCGAGCGCCUGGGCGUCACCUUCUUUGAGGUCAGCCCCCUGUGCAACUUCAACAUCACGGAGUCCUUCACGGAGCUGGCCAGGAUCGUGCUGCUGCGGCACGGCAUGGACCGGCUCUGGCGGCCGAGCAAGGUGCUGAGCUUGCAAGACCUGUGCUGCCGCGCGGUGGUGUCCUGCACACCGGUGCACCUGGUGGACAAGCUCCCGCUCCCCAUCGCCUUACGAAGCCACCUGAAGUCAUUCUCCAUGGCCAACGGGCUCAACGCCAGGAUGAUGCACGGCCGCUCCUACUCCCUGGCCGCCAGCGCCGCCCACAAGAGGAAGAGCCUGCGCAAGGCCAAGGUGCUGCGGCCGCCCCAGAGCCCCCCCAGGAACCGCACCAGAAACAGCUGCAAAGUCUCCUAAGGGCGGCACGUCCCCGGGACACCUGCAAGACGGAAGUUUCUGGAGUCAGGAAACACGUGGACCCACUCACGGUUACAACGCUGCUUCGGGAAGCGUGUGG